GUCCCUGGCUCGAGCCGUACGUGUUUGUGCGGGAAAGGGACGUGAUGGACCCGCAAGUUGUGCAGGCAUUUGCAGCUCUGCUGGCUGGCGCCGGUGCCACACAGCAACCGCAGCCCAGCUGGCUGCAACAGCUUGCUGCGGCCGCAGCGGCUGGUACCCAGACUUCAUCUGCUUCCUCCGCGUCCUCCUUCGGCUAUCCGGGAACGGGCCUGUUUGCUUCCCAGUCAGCCACGGAUGCGGCCCAGAUGUAUGGGUACAUGAUGCAACUGGCGGAGCAGGCGAAGCUUGUUGCGUCUGCUGAGGCGCAGAGCGCAAGUCCCGUGCCAUCACCGAGAUCUGAGGAGGAACUCCGCAACAAGGUUCGUGAAGUGCUCAGGUCGGAGUUGGCGCCGGGCAACGUGAAGGCGCCGCCCUUGAAGCAAACUCAGGACCCCAAGGCGUCUGAUCCUCAGGACGCGCCAGCGGAGGCGGACCCGGAGCAAGCAUUGGACCAAGCGAGGCGCGAAUAUGAGGCCGAGCGGCAAAAGGAGGGCCAUGAAGUGGAUAAGAAAGCGAUCCGCUUUGCUAAAGACUUCUAUGACCGUGGAAUCCUGGAAGUAUUUGCCCGGUUCAAGCCGGCGCCGCCUGAGGAGGAGCAGAAACCGGACAAGCCCGACAAGCCCGUUGCCGAGCCGGCUGUGAAGAAGAAUGCCCCGAAGGAGAAGCCAACGGUUGUGGACCUUGUCCAGGAUAACAGGGAGCGCCUGGUGGGCAAAAAGAAGCCCAGGGAGCCGCCGUACCCACCCAAGGGCAUGGAGAAAAAGAGUGACAAGAAGGAGGGCCCCUAUCCCAACAUUAAUCCUCCGCCUCCUGCUGUGGACAUCAUGAAGGAUGGCAAGAGGACACUUCGCUGCAUCCGAGCGGUUCACAGCUUGCCAUGUUUCAUGUUUGACCUUUGA